GCAAAAGUCCCAGUCAAGCUUGCUCGUGUUAUCAAGGUGCUCGGUCGUACCGGUUCCCGAGGUGGUGUGACACAAGUCCGUGUCGAAUUCCUUGACGACGUCUCCCGAUCUAUCAUUCGAAAUGUCAAAGGUCCCGUGAGGCUGUAUGACAUCCUCGCUUUGCUCGAGAGUGAACGAGAGGCUCGGUGGGUUUCUCUACUUCUGCGCCGGAAUUUCAUCGUCCUCGUACAUUCUUCUCUUCUCACGUAUCUUUGA